CAUCAGGACUCGGUCCAUAUAAACACGACACAACCACAAAACAACACGCAACAGAUCGAGACUGCGCUUCAAAUCAAGAUUAUUUCUGAUUCUGUAACGCGCAUAUGACAGUCGCGUAAACACGAGCACGCGCGUGUAUCAGUACGAUGGACGUCGGCGGUGAAUGUCGCAUGAGUGGCGGUGGUGGCGGUGGUCUGAUCUCACUGGACGAUCUACAGUCCCUGUCUGAUGAGCAGCUGUCUGACAGCGCCGAGAACGAGCAUGAACAUGAGUACGAGCACGAGCACGGGGACGACAGACUCCUGCACUACUGGAGAGAUGUGGCGCGAGGACACCAGGUUGAUGUGCCCGAAGAUAUGGCUCAACCCAUCCAGCAGAUAACCACAAAUAAUGACGGCACACACACACGAGAGAGAGUCCCAUACACACUCAUCACACACAAGGAGAAGUGUGGAGAGGUGUUGUGGGAGAAGCGACACUACGAGAAGUCAAACUGGGCCUGUAUCACCGUCUAUGAAGACACGUAUGAACAGAGCAUCUGUUACGGCUUUAUGAGGAUCAUGAAAUACAUCUGCCAUCAGAACUCAGCAGAAAGUUAUCUCGGGAUGACGAUACCCAUCGUAACAGUGAUCCGUACAGACGAGAGACACACCACCCUGUCUCGAGCCGUCACCGUAGCGUAUUAUCUGCCCACCCAGCACCAGAGCGACCCGCCGCAGCCGUACGACACCGACAUCAGCAUCGAGCAGUGGCCUGCCAUGAUAGUUUACAGCAGGGCGUUCACUGGUGCCACGAACGAGCUGUCAAUCAUUCGUGAGAUCAGCAGCCUGUUCGAGGUCCUAGACUCUCCGGGCGUUCGCGUGAACGACUCGUUCAUCGUGGCGGGAUACACAAACCCAGCGGCAGCCGAUCGUCAGAACGAGAUCUGGUUCCUGGAGAGGCCAUGAGAUGCUCGCUAAUAAAAGUCCUUCACAGAUGAAGUUAUACAGAUAAACCUCAUUCACAGACGGUUCUGCUUCACGAGUGCUGAGGGAGAUUUAACUACAGCUGAAACUAAACACAGAUUAUAAACUAUAACAAACAAACACACAUCACCAUCCAAAGAAAACCCCAAGACAAUCUAACAUCUGUAAUCCUCCUGUAAGCCAUGACAACAGACAGACAGUCUCUCUCUCUCUCUUCUGUUUGUGUUAUAGAUGUGCUCUUGUUGUGAAUACAUCAAUAGACAAAACUAAGAAAUCACACAAAUAGAUCUCUAUAUAUAUACAGUAUAUUCUGUCACAGUGCUAAUUUUGUUGAAUAUUUUUAUAAAGAAGAGUUCAGUCAGUUGUAGCUAAAUGUGUUAUUGAAAUCAAAUCAAAUGUUUGAAUCUGUGUCUAAAUCACUGCCAACAACACGCAAGAAAAUGAGGUAAAAACAGGGUCUGAGUUUUUUUAUAUUCAUCCUGACGUUUGAGGUCUGAAUACAGUAAAUGAGCUGUGUGUCCCUUUAAAGAGAUGUUGUGUUUCUUAUUGUGAAGGGUGAAUUUGAAAUGAGCUGUUUUGAAUGUCUGAUCUGUGAGUAAAUGUAUGAACUCUAUGAGAUAAAUAAACUACAGCUACUGCACAUUUCUGAACUGCUUUGCUCAUAUUUGCUUUCUGUCAGAGAAUAAACUAUUUCUGAAGCACACAA